CGCGUCACGAUCAACCCAGCAUCUACCUGGCUUCUCUUAGCACACUCCCUCUCCUCCAGUGUAUUAUGUUCUAAGCUAUGCUUUCUAAGACCGGGGUCGACGUAAGGCUGCUGAAUUAGGAGAAGAACCCGGUGCACACGGCGGUCCGGGCGCAGGGUCCGUCCGUCCAGCUCUCCGGUCGCCCACCGAAUACUCGCGCGGGCAUAAAGAUAACCGAUGUGCUCUUCCUCCGAGCUGACAUGGCUCCAUGGACCGCGUUGUGCCUGCUGCUGGUCACUGCGACACGUAGCCAAGGAGCUGACACAGAGGAGCGGCUCGUCGAGCAUCUCCUAAAUCCUGCUCAUUACAACAAAUUGAUUCGGCCAGCAACGAAUGGCUCGGAGUUGGUGACUGUGCAGCUGAUGGUCUCACUGGCGCAGCUUAUCAGCGUGCACGAGAGAGAGCAGAUCAUGACCACUAACGUCUGGCUCACUCAGGAGUGGCAGGAUUACCGCCUCACAUGGGACCCAGAUAAGUUUGACGGUAUGAAGAAGGUCCGCCUUCCCUCCAAGCACAUCUGGCUGCCAGAUGUCGUCCUUUACAACAAUGCUGAUGGGAUGUAUGAAGUGUCCUUCUAUUCCAACGCUGUAGUUUCAUAUGACGGCAGUGUUUUCUGGCUUCCACCAGCAAUCUACAAGAGUGCCUGCAAGAUCGAGGUGAAACACUUCCCAUUUGACCAGCAGAAUUGCACUUUAAGUUUUCGUUCAUGGACGUAUGACCGCACAGAGGUAGACUUGGUGUUGCGGUCCGAUGUGGCCAGCAUGGAUGACUUCACGCCAAGUGGUGAGUGGGACAUCAUUGCGCUGCCUGGGCGUCGCAACGAGAACCCGUCAGACCCAGCCUAUGUGGCCAUCACGUAUGAUUUCAUCAUCCGCCGCAAGCCACUCUUCUACACAAUCAAUCUGAUAAUCCCAUGUGUGCUGAUCACAUCACUGGCUAUCCUGGUGUUCUACCUGCCAUCGGACUGCGGUGAGAAGAUGACGCUGUGUAUAUCCGUGCUGUUAGCACUCACUGUCUUUCUGCUGCUAAUCUCCAAGAUUGUUCCACCUACAUCUCUGGAUGUGCCACUUGUAGGCAAGUACCUCAUGUUCACCAUGGUACUUGUCACAUUCUCAAUUGUCACCAGUGUGUGUGUGCUCAACGUGCACCAUCGUUCCCCCACUACCCACACCAUGCCACCAUGGGUUAGGGUUGUCUUCCUUGAUAAACUUCCUGCCCUACUCUUUAUGCGACAGCCCAGGAACAGCAGCGAGCGCCAGAAGCUAAGGCAACGGCGUCGUGCCAAUGAGAAACUUGCCGUGCCUGGUCAGGAGAGUGGUGAAGCAUGCACAUGUUACGUCAAUCGGGCCUCAGUCAAGCAGUUCGGAGGAGAUGCAGGAGACGGUGGCGGAGAUUCCGUGGAAGGAUUGAAUGGUCUGAGGGAUGGAGGGCGCGAGGGCAGAGAGGGCACCUCAGCCGUGCCACGGGCAAAGCAGCAGUCUUCUGCUGCUCUUUCUCAGGGUCUUUUGAGCCAGGCGUGCCCAGGCUUUGACGAAGCUGUUGAGGGAGUGCGCUUCAUAGCCAACCACAUGAAGUGUGAAGAUGAUGAUCGCAGUGUGAGCGAGGACUGGAAAUAUGUUGCCAUGGUCAUCGAUCGCCUCUUUCUCUGGAUCUUCGUCUUUGUGUGCGUCUUCGGCACAGUGGGCAUGUUCCUGCAGCCUCUCUUUCAGAACUCAUCCAAGACUUUCAUGAACACGCCUGGCUGACAGAUCAGACACCACACGUCACAGGAUGGAGUGAGGAGAGAGGAGGGAGGGCUCCGAGGGGAGCUCAGAUGGAUUUGUGUUUGACUUUAGACUGCUCUUCAGCUGU